CUGCUUCGUCUCCUUCUUUCAUUACUGCAAAAACCGAAGCUUGAGGAAGAAAAGGGUGUCUCUGUUUAGUUAACUGGUCGUAGAGAGAGAGAGGGGGAGAUAUGGCGGAGACUCUUGUUUUGCGGGGCACAAUGAGAGCACACACCGACUGGGUGACGGCGAUCGCCACCCCAAUCGACAACUCCGACAUGAUCGUCACGGCGUCGCGCGACAAGUCCAUAAUCCUCUGGCACCUAACCAAGGAGGAGCGCGUCUACGGCGUCGCCCGCCGCCGCCUCACCGGCCACUCCCACUUCGUCGAGGACGUCGUCCUCUCGUCUGACGGCCAGUUCGCCCUCUCCGGUUCCUGGGACGGCGAGCUUCGCCUAUGGGACCUCAACGCCGGCACCUCUGCCCGCCGCUUCGUCGGCCACGGCAAGGACGUACUCUCCGUUGCCUUCUCCAUCGACAACCGCCAGAUCGUUUCCGCCUCCCGCGACCGCACCAUCAAGCUCUGGAACACUCUCGGCGAGUGCAAGUACACCAUUCAGGACGGUGACGCCCACUCCGAUUGGGUCAGCUGUGUUCGCUUCAGCCCCAGCACUCAUCAGCCGACCAUCGUGUCCUCCUCUUGGGACCGCACUGUCAAGAUCUGGAAUCUCUCCAACUGUAAGCUCCGGUCGACGCUCGCCGGCCACUCCGGCUACGUCAACACGGUGGCGGUCUCGCCGGAUGGGUCGUUGUGCGCGAGCGGGGGGAAAGAUGGGGUGAUUUUGCUGUGGGAUUUGGCGGAGGGGAAGCGGCUCUACUCGCUCGACGCCGGUUCGAUCAUUCAUUCUCUUUGCUUCAGCCCCAAUAGGUACUGGCUCUGCGCCGCCACCGAGGCCAGCAUCAAGAUCUGGGACUUGGAGAGCAAGAGCAUCGUUGUUGAUCUCCGGGUCGAUACAAAGCAGGAGGCGGAAAUGGCGGAAGGUGGAGACACGCAGUCUUCUGGCAUCAAAAACAAGGUAAUAUACUGUACAAGCUUGAAUUGGAGUGCAGAUGGAAGCACGUUGUUCAGUGGAUAUACAGAUGGUGUAGUCAGAGUUUGGGGGAUUGGCCGUUACUAAGGUCGACACGUGAUUUUACCAGAAUGCAGUUUAUCAUAAAAAUGCGAGACAGUUUUAGGUUUCUGUUGAAAAUUUCAGGAAUGAUGAAUGAUACUUUGACUUUUUACUGUUUUAUGGCUUUGUGGCCUCUUCUGUUAUUUUUGGUAUUCUGAAUACUCUUAGUUGAUACAAUUGGUUGACUAUAAAUUCUCCAAGUAAUUUGGUUA